AUGUACAUCCCUAAGUCAGCCGCGGGUGAAAUCGCCGGCGCGCCUAAGUCCCCACCGCAAGGGGGCGGGCUAGCGGGCGCGCGCAUGAAUCCGCCGGCGCUGGCGCGCUGAGGCAGUCGCGCGCGUCUAAGUCCCCACCGCCGGGGGCGGGCUAGCAAGUGCGCGCAACGACCGAGGCGCCCCUGUCGAGCUGAGAGUGGACUCUUCACAUUAGGCGCGCGGAGCGAACCGGGCGCGGACUUAGGCGCGCGGAGUGAGCCGGGCGCCCCGGCCCAGGACUUAGGCGCGCGAAGCGAGCCUGGGACUUAGGCGCGCGGAGCGAGCCUGGGCCAUUGGCUCAGCCCCAGGCUCGCUGGCUGUGGACUUGGGGCGCGCGGGUCUCUUAUUGUUAGCUUCCUAUUCAUCACUCUUGGCUAUAACUACAUCGCUGACGUAGUAGAGUUGAUCGAAUAGGUAUGUUGAAAUGCAUUGAUCACUCUUGGCUAUAACUACAUCGCUGACGUAGUAGAGUUGAUCGAAUACCUGUUGAUUGCGCCUUCGGGCCCUGGGGUCACGGUUACGACGCAGGCUCUCCCGGUUCCCCUCAUCUGGCCGAGAACAUUAUGGACGCCGUCGAUUGGUCUAUCGGCCGCCUCUCUCCUCCCAUCGCUGUCAAUCGAGUUCACGCUAUUGCUACGGCCCCUGCCAACGACCCGCCCAUUCCGGUCCAUGCCGACGCCGACGAACUCGAUUUGUUGGGAGUUGCCACCGAUGAUGUCAACGACACCCCUGUAGUCCAUCGGCCGCCUGAUCCACUGCCCCAACCCUUCCUCGACACCGUCAUCCGAGCAUACGCCAACGAUUCGCAAGCCCAGGUCAUCAUUAUGAGAUGA